GCUUCGUGGUAGAAUCGCAGAGAAAUUAGAGUCAGGACAGGCCAUAUCCAUACCCCUUAGCAGCAGUGCUAAUUAUGUGAAAAUGAAUAAAUAAUUGGUUGAUAAUUGUCCGCUUGAUUGCAUGCAAUGUAAACACCGAAAAAUAGUCGCAAAAUCGCAAACGGUCAACAAACGUGAGCUCAAUUCCGAAUCGAUUUCAACUCAAUUUCGGGUUCGGUAACGGAAUGUUCAAAUAAACGAGUCGAAUCAACAUAUCAAACUAAUUGCAAUCGAAUUUAAAUAACGUUCAAUUAAAAGCAUGGUUCGCAAAGUCAAACCCAUAAUCACACCAUAUUUGCAUGUGUAAAGUGUGUGCAAGUGUUUAGCGAUUGCGGGAGAGAGCGGGGAACAGACCGAAGGGGAGAAAAAGGGCUUCGAUUCGCCAUCAAUCAAUUAAUUGGGGACCCCAACUAGAACUGAGAACAGAGAACGGACGACGGUGAACCAACCCGGGCAAGUCAGCCAGCCGCCCGAAGAUGGACCAGCGUAAUCUAACACUGCCAGCGCCAGCCGCAACAACAAUUAUGUCCUCGUCAUCCGCAGCGAUGGCGGCGAGCUAUGGAUCCUUCGGAGGACCAACAACGUCCGCCCUGGCAGGAUCCACAAUAGCAUUAGCCACUACAACAACAGCUCCGGCAUCCCCUACAACAACGCCAGCCACAUUUUUUACCUACAGCAUACCAGGCAUGGACAUUGCGCCAGGACCAUUUAUAUUCACCUACGUUAGUGAAUUUUUAUCGCUUAUCACGCCCGAGGAAUUGCCCCUGGACUCCAUACGCGAUGUAUUACACAAAAAUACCAGCCUGCUGGACUUUGCCUCCAAUGCCAUUAAAAUCGAGUCCGGAUUCAUUGCCCUGAUGAGCGUGUUCGCCAUCCUGGCCUUGGUGCCCCUGAUUGCCACCUGUGCCUUUUGCUGCGGGCGCCGAUCCACCAAGGAGGAGGUGGACCACAUACGGAAUGCCCCGUGCAACAUUCGGGACGAGUCGCUGGAGGAGAGCUUACGGUGUCGGAAGAGUGCUGGACUGGUCACAAUGUGGAUUGUUUUCAUUCUGCUAACGAUGAGCGACUUCAGCAUAUUUUACGCAAACAGUCGCCUGUCCGCCGGAAUUGAGAUGACGCCCGAGAUGGUCAAGUCAGCCGUGCACGACGUGGAGGUCUUCCUGAAGGACACGCAUCUACAAAUCAAACACAAACUGGAUAAUGGCUUCCACGUUUCCGUGGAGCGGGUCGUCAAAGACCUGGAAGACGUGGACGUUCUCCUUGGCGAGCCGAUUCAAGCGGAAAUAUCUGCACACACUGGCCUUGAGCUGGCGUAUGAUUCACUGACGACACUUAGCCUGGCGAACGCGGAGCUCAUCUAUCGCGUGCUCAUGCUGCAGGAGACGGUGGGCAGGGCCUUAAAACUCUCGCAGGAGGCUGCCGCCAGGAUGGAGGAGCUCCAGAUCCAGCUGUCCGUGCUGCAGCGCCAGUGCACGUACCGCGACCGCCCGCUCUGCGACACGUUGCGUAUACGCAGCUUCGAGGAAAACGGCGUCGUUGACGCCCUGAAAACUCUGCAAGAGGACCAGAGCAUCUUCCGUAUGCGCUACUUGGGUGAAAUUGAAUUCGGUGCCACUGUCAAAAAUCUGACAUCGGAAGUUGGCAUGUCACGUUCCAUUUUCAGCAAUUUCCCGCAACAAGUUAAACAUGACACGGCGUAUGAGCGGAACUAUACAUUGGAACAGUUGGCCAGCAUCCGCCAUCGGACGACUGCCAAUGCCCAGCAACUGACAUCGACGAUAAACGGUCUGCUUCACCGACUGGAGGGCACCUGGUCGUCCAUGCAACCCGCUUACAAUGAGCUGAAGGAGUGGGCGGAUGCCUACUGGAGUGUGGGAUGGAUUGCCGGAACAGUGAUCGUCUGGGUGAUGCUGUUUAUGCUGAUGUCCUACUGCUGUUUCCUCUGCGAAGCAAAUACCAAAUCCGGCGUGGUCUUCUUCAUCUCCGUAAUGCUGAUCUGCCUGGCCAGCAUUUGUCUCACUGUUUAUGGAGUAUUUUCCCUGGCUGUGGGAGGAAAUGCCGAGGUCUUCGUCUGCCGAUCUUUGUACGACCAAGACUACAGCACGCUGGGUAAGUUGCUGGACCAACCGGGCUACGCUUAUGCCCGAGAGCCGCAAAACGGCAUCAUCGGGGAGCUGCUGCGUCCAGCUGGAGUCAAUCGGUCUGUGGUCAAUGUAGGACUAGGCCAGGCCCUCAGAGCCUGCGAGCAAAAUCAAGCAUCGUACAAUGUCUUUCAAUUGGAUGCAUUCGUGAAUACCAGCAAAAUAGCCGACCUACGCCAGUUUCCCAAAGUGUCCACGGCCAUCGAUGCGAUUUCAGUGUCCGGGCGAACGCUCCUCUCGCUCACGCAAUCCGUCCAGAACAUUUUGGAGAACAUGCUGCAAACGUCCUCGUUCAAUUUGACCACGUACCGCAGCAGCGUGGGUGCGCCCACGCCCGAAAAGGAUUUGGCCACGUUCAUUGAUCAGAUGCAGCGGGUGGCCUUGCAGAUUCAGGAUGUGGCCACGUCCUCGCGCAUGACCACACUGGGCAGCCGGUCCAAACGGCUGCAGGCCUCGAUUCUCCAGCCCCUGGAAAACCUGCAAAACGAGAUACUAUACCACCUAACAGCCCUGGAACUGCAGCGUGAUCCCUGGGCGAAGCAGGUCAACCAGACGCUCAACCACCUGAAGAGCAUCCAGAGCUUCCUGGAGAACCAGGCCGCCGAAAUAUGCCACAACAUGACGCGAGCCUACACAGAUCGCCUGAAAGCCUACUUGACUACCAGUCGGGCCACCAUGGAAUCCCAACUGGGCGACACCACCACCAAAUGUCGACCCUUCUACGACACCUUUGACGCCAGCCGCACCUUCCUCUGCCGUAACAUGGUGGACUUCGUAAACGGCCUGACCUUCUUCAUCUUUCUCACACUGCUCCUCUGGGCCAUUGGCACUCCGGUGGGCCUCAACCUCAUCACUGUCCAGACGCGACUGAAUGUGAUGCAGGCGGCCCAAGCGCGCAGCAAGAACAGGCAGCGGAGGAGUGACCGGAGUCCAGAGCAGGAGCAUCGGAGCGGAAGUCGCGGCCGAAAGAAGCAGCGGUCGGGCAGUUCAGCGGCAAGCGGAAGGAGUGGCAAGAGGGAGCAGAGCCGGGAACGAAGUACCAGCAGCACGGCAAGGCCCAAACCACCUCUAAGACGCACUGCCACUGAAGAAACCUUGGACCUGGCCGACGAAGACUCCACUCCAUCGAGACAGCAGCAGCAUCAGCAACCUCAGCGGCGCCAGGAGCAGAACCAAAGGGAAACGGACAGGGAGCGGGUGAGGGAGCGUGAUCAGCGGAGUCGGGAGCGGGAAUUGAGUCGAGGCCGCGAAAUCUCCGCCUUGAACACGCCGGUGCGUAGCCGCAGUCGACAGCAGCUGCGCCACGAUCCCGAGGAUGACAAUUGGGGCUCAUCCAGCGGACCCAGUAGGGCCAACUCCCAUGAGCGAGAUCACGAGAGCAGUCAGACUAGAAAGAUUCUCAAUAUUUGGCAGUCGCGCAAUAAGAUCAAGACGCCACUUCGCCGACAAGGCACUGAGGAGUUCGAUUUUGAGGAUGCCCACGAAGAUAGAGGAUGGCAGACCCAGGCUCAGACUCAGAAUCAGAUUCUAAGCCAAAGCCAUAGCCAUAUCCAAUCUAGUGUCAGUCCAGAACAAAGACCCGAUCCGCGCAGCCUUCGCUCCAACCUCCGUACUAAGCCCAAGUUACGUAGUACCAAUGUGGAUAGAGCUAGCAGUGAAGUGGUCCGGCGUCCUGUAACUCCCGUGCUCAGCGUAAAUCCGGACAUUCCGGCUGCCAUUCCGAUGCCCCGGACGCCGAUGCGUCUCAAGAGCAAGGUCUCGCUGACCGCCCGAGCUGUGCAGGACAUUGUCAACAAGCGGAAUCAGCGUCUCCAACGAACCGGCACCGACGAAUUCGACUUGGAUGAAAGCGAUGCUUACGGUGCUGGAGGUCACAUGGAUGCGGACGUCGCGGCCGCCCGACGCACGCCGCCCAGGGGCGCUCCCCCGCCCCCUCCUCCGCCAGCGGCCGGCUUGAACAGUGAUCGCACGGUGCGCUGGAACGAGGACGAAACCGAGGACUUUGACUUCGAGGAGGUCGACGCGCCGAAGAGUCCCAUGUACUUGAGUCACAAUCUCCAUUGAACAUCUCCACUAACAUCGCGAAUCCCACAUCUCGAGUAUUCCAAUUUGUUUUGUAUUUCGCUUCUGGCACUCCCUAGAUCGUAAGUGAACUGUAGCUAUAGUGGCGGUUCAAUAUGUUUUAGGCAUUUAACAAGCGUAAAUAAAUCAAUAAUCUGU